UUUUAAAAAUGAUUAAAUUCCUUGAAAUUUUAAUUUUAUUUUUUAAUUUAUUUUCCUUAAUUUAUUCUGAAAGUGGAGGAGAUACUAAAGAAUGUUUAGAAAAGGUAAAUAAAGGUGAUUGUGGAGCUUUUAUUUCCUGUUGUAAUUCAAAAUGCGGUCCAAACCAAAAUCAAAACCACAAAUGUUUUGCUUUUAUGGAUGAAAUUCAAAAAGACCAAACUUUUUGUUUUUGUUCAACCCCAACAAUAAAUAACAACCCUCCUCCUUCCCCUCCUUCCCAAUCCCAACAAAAUCAACAAUCUUUUAAUAAAUUAUUUGACGAUUCUUUUCCAUCAAAAUCUUUAUUUUCUUUAAAUAAUGAAGAUAAUUCAAAAUCUUCCUCUUCCUCCUCUUCUUCUUCAUCAUCUCUUCCUUCCUUCUUUAAUAAUAAUUUAUGGAAAUCCCCUUCUUCACUUUUUGGAUUUUCUUCAAUUCCUUCCCCUUCAAAUAAUCUUCAACAACAACAAAAUAAUAAUAAUUUAUUUAAUUCUUCAUUUUUCACUAAAACAACUGAAAAACAAUUUGGUAAUCAACAACAACCCCAAAAUAACCCCUCUCCAUCCUCUCCUCGUCCAAAACCGGGAAAUCCCUCAGAUGGAAGACAUUUAUUUUUAACUUCAACCCAAACUUCUUCGGCUAUUGGAUUAAAAAGAAUAAUAAAUAAAAAGGACGGGGACAGUUUAAUUGGACGAAAAAUGGAUUUUGUUGGGGGAAUUAUUCUUUUAUUUGUUUUUGAUUUAUUAUUAUUAAGUUUAACUAUUUAA